AUGGGAUUUAUGCCCCUCAACGGCCGCAACGACCCCUCGGACACAAUGGGCGAGGGCGACAUCCCACUCAGACAAGUUCAGACAGCAAGCUCCACCGGCGCCAGGCGGCAGAAUCAGACACUCGAAGACAUGGAACUCGAGCAGUCCUCCUCCGCCGAGGAGAAGAAGACCGGCCUGUUCCACCGCAAGUCAAAGAAUGAGAAUGCUGGUCCUGCCGGCAGGAGGAAGAAUGUCAAGGCCCUGGGAGACGCCGGCAGGAAGGGCACCUAUGGCGACGAGGGUGGCCUGAACGCCAUGGGCCGUAUCUACAACAAGAUCAUCGGCUUCUCCGUUGUCACUCGAUACAUGGUCUACAUCGCACCCGUUGCCCUCUUUCUGGCUGUCCCCCUCAUAGUCAUCCCUAUUACCGGCCACUACGAGGAUACACGCGUGGGCGGCACCCAGAAAUCCAAUGCCCCUCGACUCUUCGAUCUCUUCUUAUGGAUCGAGAUUUCCUGGCUGGCCCUCUGGGGUGGCAAGAUUGUCGCCCAUUUCUUGCCUCCCAUCUUUAUGUUCUUCUGCGGAGUUGUUAGCUCGGGCACCCGAAAAUAUGCUACUGUUAUCAAGAACUUGGAGAUUCCCUUCUCCCUCUUGCUCUGGGCACUGUGCUCGUGGCUUGUGUUCCGGUUCAAGUUCCAGAUCAACAAUGGCGACGACCUACAGUGGGUCUACGUUAUGGGCCGGAUCUUGGGCUCGCUCUUUGUAUCGUCCUGCGUCCUUCUCGGGGAGAAAGCCAUCAUUCAGCUGAUCAGCAUUACAUACCACCAGCGCUCGUUCGCCAACAGGAUCAAGGACUCGAAGCGCGAGGUUUUCUUGCUCGGUUUAAUGUACGACGCCUCCAGGACGCUGUUUCCCAUGUGGUGCCCGGAAUUUUCCGAUGAGGACUAUAUCAUCAACGAUAGUAUCGAGAUGAUGCUUUCGGGUGGCAAGAAGCGCAUGGCUCGCGGCCACAAAAAGUCGGGAUCUGUCACGCCUAUGAACUUUAUCGGCGGGGCUGCUGGAGGAAUCGGGCGAGUGGGCGACAAGAUAACCUCUGUGUUCGGAAACCUUGCCUCCGAGAUCACCGGAAAGCAGGUAUUCAACCCAAAUUCUGCCCACUCGAUCGUCGUGGAGGCCCUUGAGAAGGUCCCAUCUUCUGAAGCUCUGGCACGCCGUAUCUGGAUGUCCUUCGUGGUAGAAGGCAACGAUUCGUUGUACGCAGAAGACAUCAUCGAGGUUCUCGGGCCAGGGCACAAGGAGGACGCCGAAGAAUGCUUCGAGGCCAUCGACGCCGACAUGAACGGCGACAUCAGCUUGGACGAGAUGGUGCGCAAGGUCGUCGAGACCGGCAAGGAGAGGAAGGCCAUCUCCAACAGCAUGAAGGAUAUCGGGCAGGCGCUUCGCGUCCUCGAUUCGGUCCUCCUGUUCGUUGUCAUCCUGAUUGUGGUCUUCAUCUUCUUGUCCUUCUUCAACAGCAGCUUUGUGACCACACUUGCCAGCGCAGGAACAGCCCUUCUCUCGCUCUCAUUUGCCUUCUCUGUCACUUGUCAGGAGUUCCUCGGUUCUUGCAUUUUCCUUUUCAUCAAGCAUCCCUAUGACGUGGGUGACCGGAUCGAUGUUAGCAGCGAACAGAUGGUCGUCGAGAAGAUCUCACUGCUCUACACGGUCCUUACUCGUAUUGAUAAGAUGCAGGUUGUGCAGGUACCGAAUAUUGUUCUGAACAACCUUUGGAUCGAAAACGUCACUCGCAGCAAAGCUAUGAAGGAGGUCAUCGAGGUCAACAUCUCCUUCGACACAUCAUUUGAGGAUGUUGAGCUCCUCCGCGUAGAGAUGGAGAAAUUCGUGCGCCAUGCCGACAACUCUCGAGACUUCCAGCCUGACCUCGCCAUUGGCGUGGGCAGUGUGGGAGACCUCGACAAGCUUACGCUCAAGAUCGCCAUCAAGCACAAGUCAAAUUGGCACAACGACGCUGUCCGUGCCACCAGGAGAUCCAAAUUUAUCUGCGCUCUUGCUCUUGCCCUCAAAAAGGUUCCUAUCUACGGCCCAGGUGGCGGUGCAGAGCCAUUGGGUGGACCGACCAACCCAGCCUACUCUGUUACCGUGGACGACGGCUUUGCUGCUAGCGCUCGUAAGAAGGCCGAGGAGGCUGCUGACGCCCUGCGAAUUGCGCCUCUCAAGCCCAAGCGAGGUGUCUCGACCAAGGUUCAGCACAUGAGCGAAAAGCAGGCCGUCGCAGAGCUGAAUACGCGCCCACCACUGGAAGGCAUGGAUUCCAACUACGCCUCCAACCGUGAUAUUGUGGACGAGCGUACCGAGUCCACGACGCUGAACUCUAGGGAUGUUUCGGCAGAGCGGCACCGGUCCGACAACCUCGAGCAGAUCCGCCAGGACCUCGUCAAGCGGGAGAACACGCGUGGUCGCAGGAAAGCGGGCGAGGGCGUUCCUGGCGUGCCGCUUAGCUCGAUGAGCCCCGGCUUGACAGUCACGCAGUACGACAACGAUGGCAACGCCAUAGUCGGUGGGCAUCGUCAGAUGUCAUACGACGUCGUCCCUGGCCAGGCAGGCGGCAUGAGCAGCCCUUAUGGCGGGAUUGGAGUUGCAAGCUCGCCAGGCUACGGAGCGGUGCCCAAUGUCUCGCCGGGUAUAGCUGCCGCAGCGGCUCAGAGCUAUUCACUCUACCCCACGGAUAUGUACUCACCGCCCGGACCAGGCCAGGACCCUCACGAGCAGAUGACCCUGCCCGGACAAGCUAUCACAGGCCCGGCAGGUCCAUCAUCGUCCGAGGGACGAGUCCUGGUUGCCCCUCAGGCACACGGUGCUCGCCAAAGGGGUGCUAGUGUCUCUCAGGCUCUGGAAGAGCGCGAACGAGAAGAGCAGGCGCGAAGGCAGCAGCAGGGCCAGGGAGGCCAAGGACGGCAGUAUACGAAGUAG